UACAUCAGAUCUUCUCUACUUCCACCCCUGAUUACUGGGCUCACAAUCACGUGUCCCUCAAGGGCCACGUGGAUUAACAAAUUUGAUGUGCCCCCUGCCAGCCCCCAGUCACACAUAGGGAUUUGUGUUGUUUUAGGGCUGUCUCGCCUGGAUGACCACCCCUCCCUCCCUAUUCUCUCGGCUCCUAAUCCCCACACAGGCCUUGAAUGCACAGUGCUGAUAAGUGAUCGCUUUAUAAGCCCAGCCCGGGUGGGAGAAGAGCUGCACCGCAGUCUACCUGAUUGCACCAAGAGCAGCUCACACAGUAGGAAUAUGGACAUCGGUGUGAUGAGACCGGCCUGCAUGAUCUCACUUAGGGGCUCAGCAAAAAUCAAGGAAAGAAAAAGAACCCCAGUCUCCCACAAGGUGAUAGAAAAGAGGAGAAGAGACAGGAUAAAUCGCUGCCUCAGUGAGCUUGGGAAGACGGUGCCCAUGGCUCUUGCCAAGCAGAACUCUGGUAAGCUGGAGAAAGCUGAGAUUUUGGAAAUGACUGUUCAGUAUUUGAGAGCAUUGCAUGCUGCUGAUUUUCCUAGAGGUCGGGACAAAGACCUUCUGUCAGAGUUUGCCAAUUACUUUCACUAUGGUUACCACGAGUGCAUGAAGAAUCUUGUUCAUUACCUGACCACGGUGGAAAGGAUGGAAACCAAGGACACCAAAUACGCUCGCAUUGUUGCCUUCUUGCAGUCUAAAGCGCACCUGUCCACGGAGCCACUAUUUAGUUCUCUUCAGGAGGUAGACAUGUCUUGCCAGCUGCCCCCCUCUCCACCUGAUUACCCAAGCAGUGGUGACUCUACAUUCACACAGAGCUCAGGGGGCCCAUUCUCAUGGCACAGCACUACUAGAGGCCCAACACUGAACUACCUCUCAAGUCCAACCACUAUGCCACUGCCAUGCACACCACCACAGCAGUCCCCACAUAGCACCUUUUUGUCUCCCAUGCAGAGUCUAGACAGACAUUACCUCAGUCUCCUGGGACAUUCCCAUACGAAUAGUUUCAGUAUGCACAGCUCACAGCAUCCUGUUGUUCUGUGACACUAAUGUCAGUGCUUACUUAGUAUUAGGAUAUCACAAGGUCACAUUUCUUGGGGCAUUACUAUAAAAUGAAGUAAAAAUAAAUAAAUAUUUCUGCACUGUGUAUAGCAGCUAAUCAGAUGCCUGCUUUAUUUUUUUAACUUAAAGUAAAAAUUACAGUAGGAACUAUUUGGUAUCUAGGCUAUCUAUAAAAGUGAGAUGGCAUGGCAGAAGAUCCACAGUCACACGAUUGAACGUGACAGAAACAUGCAAUUUUUCCCUACAGCUGGUCAGCUGGAGGGGUUGGGAUCUGUAGGAGUAUUGGGAGUUCAUAUAGUCAAAUGAUUGUUUUUUUUUUAUUGGGGCAGAAAGUCUGAAACCUUGUUCUGAUAGACAAAGCAUUCAUUUUGAACAAAAUUUUGUAUGGAUGUGUAUAGGUUUAACUCAUGGUCUUAGGUAUUAUCUCUGCUUGUCUUUCAAAAUGUGAUAUCUAAAUCAGUGAAAGAUUUCUUGGCAGCACCAAGGUCCUGGCGCUGAUAGUUUUUGGAGGGAGUCUUCCAACACUGGAACUAUUGGGAGCUUUAAGUCUCUUACCUCCUUUACACCUAACACCUAAACCAGGCUUUAGCGCUUAACAUGCAGUAGAACUAACACCAAACCCAAAAUAUGAGCUCAAGACUAAACAAACCUUAGUUAGCCUUUAAAUUAUACAAAACUGUACCCCUAUUCUACUGCAUACCCACCUUGUCCUGCAAUUGGACCCUCUGUACUGUUAGCGGGCAGUCCUGCACCAAACACAUACAGCACUUAUACACCAUUAUCAGAAUAACCUUUUUCUCCAUCAGUGCUGGGCAAACUCUGAUUUUCUAGCUGCGGAGGAAGCUGCAUCACAUGCAGGUAUUUAUAUCUCCGCAACACACCCCAAGGUCAUGAAGUUGUUUAGCCAGUGCUAUUCUUUAGCCAAUACUUCAGCUUAACAAAGCAUGUUGUCCUGUUAACGUACAUCUGUCAAGUUGCCUGAUCCUGUCUAGUGUUUUAUGUUUAUCAGUGUGUCUGAUAUUAAUGUGUACAUACAUAAAAAAACACAAAAGUAACAUGACAAUUAUUUGACUCAACUGGGGACCAGCAUUGACUGAGAGAGAUUGUUUAUUCCCUCAUAUAGCCAUUUGCCUAUCAAUCAGCAUGCUUCCAUGAAUUGUUGUUGUAAAUACUUGUAAAUUGUAAUUAGAUUAUUAUAAUUUAUUAAAAUGUUAACUCUUUUGUAAAAGUACAUAGGUGUUGUAAAUGUAGUUGUAUUUAUUCUGUACGAUUUGUAAUAAAAGUUUUUACUUGCAAUAAACUGCUGGUCUAGCU